AUGGGAGAGUACAAACCGCUGCCCCUGAAGCGUUCUGACUUGCAGCAGAGGUUCGAUAUUAGGGUGCGCAAGCGCAGUUUGUAUGCCAAACUAAAGCCCCUGGUUCGGCAGAAGGAAUCGCUUCCUAUAUCUAGCCUUUCACUUCCAGUCGUAUCUUCGGGGAGUAGACUGGCGAUAUCAUCGGGCACAAAGGUUUGGGUUCACGAUUUUGUGCUCGAUGCGAAUUACUAUAGCUAUACUGGCGCUACGUCGUUUAUAAGAUCAACGGCCUUUAGAAGUGAUUCUAAGUUGUUAUUGGCUUCUGACGAUUCGGGUGUGAUUCAUCUGUUGGCUACGACGUUGAAGUCUCUUUUAUGUAGAUUUACGGAGCACAGGAGUGCCGUUUACAGCACUUGUUUUUCGUACGACAAGGCGCAUAUGUUUUCGGGGAGUGACGACGGGACGGCCAAAUAUUGGGACAUUACGCAGUCAAAGUGCAUAACUACGUUUUUGGGGCAUUCGGAUAGGGUCAGGUCUGUGGCAACGCAGAGUAUUUUACACGAAACAAAUGUGUUGGCCACUGGGGGAUACGAUUCGGCUGCGUUAUUGUUUGACAUAAGAACCCCAUUGAAGCCGAUAUUCCAGUUACGGCACGAAUCGCCCAUUAACUGCGUCAAUUUUUCUGCCGACUGUUCUGUUUUGGUGACAGCCGGCGCAGACGGUUACGUCAACUUGUACGAUGUAGCAUCUGGGUACAAAUUAAUGGCGCAGAUGAAGGCGCAUACAAAGGCUGUGACAAAUGCCUUUCUUUUGGACGACCUUUUGGUGACGAGUUCGUUGGACUCCACGGUUAAAUUCAUUAAGUACAGGGCUGAGCGCGUGGAGCAUAUAUUUUACGCUCAAGCUUCGGUUAUGGCAUUGGCUAUCGCACUUGACGGCAAAACUAUCGCAUACGGCACCGAGAAUGGCGAAUGGUGUCUGAGGCAGCGCAAAGCUUCAGUGCCAGUAGAAACGUCAAAGGCCCGAGUAGAGGUGCAGAGGUAUAACCCCGGGGACUUAUCCCGGUUGGACAGGCUGCUGAAGACAUUUCAGUACAAAGCUGCGUUGGAUAUCGCCCUGGAUCUUACAUUGGGGCACGUUCUCUCCCUUAUCGAGGAACUGAUUGUUAGGGGCGGCCUGGAGGCGGCGGUUACUAGGACGGACGAGCAUUCAAUUGCCAAGAUUUUAAAUUUUAUAAACCGCCACUUUGGAGUCAAUCACACUUCACUGGGGCUGCUGGAGCUGCUAGAUGCGAUAAUAGAGAGGAACAAAUGGAUUAGUCAGAGCAACAGUGUCGAGAUUACGGACCUGCUUGUGAAGAUAAAGCAGAAGCUGGGAAUGGAAUUGCACCACCGUCAAAUAAUGCACAAGAUGCUUGGGGCAAUUGAAUUUGUUUUAUCGCAUGCAACGAAUUGA